AUGCGGUUCAUGCCAGGAGUGACCAACACAACCACGUUGGCUGACUUGCGACAAAUGCUGGAUGAAGAUUGGAAUGCCGUCCCACAGCAGUGUGAAACACCGCCACACUCCACACCGCCUAACGCAGCUGCCAGCACACCAACCACUGCAUCCAAUCCAGCCAACAGCCAACAGCAACGCAGUGCCCCUCACCGCGAGCGACACGGCAAACGAGGAACCGAAACCCCCGGCCCCACUCGGCCCCUACCCAUCAUCCACGCCGGCACCCAACCCCAUCCCCACACAUACCGGGUGCACCCGAGCACCCCGGGCCAUCACGCAGGUACCCCACAAGGGGCAGGCCCCUGGACGAUAGGAACCCCGGGAUCGGCGGCGCCCUGCUGCCCCACGGCCCCCGGGCCCAGAACCCGCAGCCCCCCGCCAACACCCUGUAGGCAAGGCCACCCAGCACAGGCCAGAUGCCCGCAUCCCCCAACCCCCCGCAGCCCUCCCUUCCCAGCGCAGCCGCAGCACCCCACACACACACCCCCGCCACCCCCAAAGGAAAGGGACAGCAGUCCCACAACAGCUGCAACAGCCCCCUAA